AUGGCUAGCAGCGCCGGCAGCUACCCGAGGCCCAACUACACCCCAUCUCCCGCCGCCUUCCUCCACAGAGUACAGGGCUGGAUCCGCCGCUUCGCUCUGCCCACCAACGCCGCCCCGUCGUCGCAGCUCCUCGGCCUCCUCACCCUCCUCAUCACCGGCUCCAUCCUCCUCCUGCUCACCGGCGUCACCGUCACGGUCGCCUUCCUCACCCUCAUCUUCCUCGCCCCGCUCCUCAUCGUCACCAGCCCGCUGUGGGUCCCGCUCGCGGCGUUCGCCUUCGUCCUCACCGCGGGGUUCGUGGCGCUGGUCGCAACGGCGGGCGGGCUGGCGUGGGGGUACAGGUACUACAGGGGCAUGCACCCGGUCGGGUCGGACCGGGUGGAUUACGCUCGGAGCCGGAUAUAUGAUACGGCGGCACAUGUCAAGGAUUAUGCGAGGGAGUACGGCGGGUACUUGCAGAGCAGGGUGAAGGAUGCUGCUCCUGGUGCUUGA